GAAGGCCGUGGCCGACAUGGGUUGCCACACUGAUGCAGAUGAGGUCGCAGCCCACGCUGUGCGCGUGAACGUCUUCCACACUAUCGACUUCUUGCUGAAGUACAGCGCCCCAUUGCGGGAGAAGGUUAAGAGUGGACAGGUCGAGAUCCAGGGUGGCAUCUAUCACCUGGACUCUGGAAAGGUGGAGUUCAUGGGACGUUCUCCACAGCAGUCCACCCUUUUGAGCACCAACCUUGGGCUUCCUCCAUCCAUGACUCGUGAGGGUGGCCGCACCUCUGGCUAUGGCCCUUCCGCACGAGGUGAGCAUGGAGUGCGCACCACAGUGGACAGUGCAGUUCCUGCUGAGGAAGCUUUGAAGAUGCUGAAGGCUGGCAACGAGCGCUUUGCUGUGGGUGCUCCUUUGGCCAAGCACGCCACUCUCAAGAUGCGUGAAGCUUUGGUGAGCCAUGGGCAGGCACCCCACACCGCCAUCCUUGGCUGCGCAGAUUCCCGUGUGCCAGUUGACACUGUGUUCGAUGCCAUGCCAGGUGACUUGUUUGUCUUGAGGAAUGCAGGCAACACUUGCACCCAUGCGGAAGGCAGCAUGGUUGGCAGCUUGGAGUUCUGCUGUGGCAAGUUGGGCUCCAAGUUGAUUUUGGUGAUGGGCCACACCAAGUGCGGAGCCAUUGCCGGAGCUACUGCGACCUACCUUGCCAGCAAGGAAGGCAAGGCCUCCAAGAGUGCAGGCAGUGCACUUGAGGGUCUGCUGGUGGGUUUGUCUGGCGUCGCAAAGCAGGCCGAAGAGGAGCUUGGUGUUGGCGCCGAUCAGGACCAGUUGGUGUCCCACUCUGUGCGCGUGAACGUCUUUAGCUCCAUCGAGUUCUUGUUGAAGUACAGCCCAUCCCUCAGGGAGCUUGUGAAGAGCGGCAACGUGGAAAUCCAGGGUGGUAUCUACCAUUUGGAGACUGGUCGAGUUGAGUUCCUUGGCCGCUCCCCCAGGCAGGCUGAAUUGCUCCGCUCUGACCCAAGCUUGCCACCAUCCCUCCAGGCAUUGCCCAUCCGCACAACAACUGAUGGCCCCUUGCCAUCCCAAGAGGCAUUGAAGCUGCUGAAGGAGGGCAAUGCGCGCUUCACCUCUGGUGCUGCCAUUUCAGGAAAGAUCACUCCAGCAAUGAGGAAGGCCCUGGUCAAAGAGGGUCAGGCACCACACACUGCCAUCAUUGGCUGUGCGGAUUCCCGUGCUCCUUUGGAGACUGUGUUUGAUGCCAUGCCUGGUGACAUCUUCGUGCUGCGCAAUGCUGGCAACACCUGCACCCACGCCGAAGGCAGCGUACUUGGCAGCUUGGAGUUCUGCGUUGCCGCCCUGCAGUCCAAGAUGGUCUUGGUGCUCGGACACACAGCCUGCGGAGCCAUCAAGGGUGCCACGGCAACAUACCUGCAGGCCAAGAGCGGCAACAAGCCUCAGGUCACCAAAGCCUUGGAUGCCUUGCUGGUUGGCCUCAGCGACGUGGCAAAGAAGGCGUCUGAGGAGUUGGGUGAAGGCGCAACGGAGGCGCAGAUCGUGGACAGGACCAUCAAGCUGAACGUCUUCCACACCAUUGACUUCCUUUUGCAGUACAGCCCACUCGUCAGAGAAAAGGUUGCUGCAGGGGAGGUUGAGAUCCAGGGCGGCAUCUACGACCUGGAGACCGGUCAUGUGGAGUUCUUGGGUCAGAGCCCAGCUCAGUGCGGUGCCGUCUAUGGUGCCACGAACGCCUACCUGGCGGCAAAGAAGUCUGAGACCGCCAGUGUUGAGUCUGCCUUGGAGGGUCUGCUGUUGGACUUGGCCCCAGUGGCGGAGAAGGCCGUGGCCGACAUGGGUUCCCACACUGAUGCAGAUGAGGUCGCAGCCCACGCUGUGCGCGUGAACGUCUUCCACACUAUCGACUUCUUGCUGAAGUACAGCGCCCCAUUGCGGGAGAAGGUUAAGAGUGGACAGGUCGAGAUCCAGGGUGGCAUCUAUCACCUGGACUCUGGAAAGGUGGAGUUCAUGGGACGUUCUCCACAGCAGUCCACCCUUUUGAGCACCAACCUUGGGCUUCCCCCAUCCAUGACUCGUGAGGGUGGCCGCACCUCUGGCUAUGGCCCUUCCGCACGAGGCAAGGCCUCCAAGAGUGCAGGCAGUGCACUUGAGGGUCUGCUGGUGGGUUUGUCUGGCGUCGCAAAGCAGGCCGAAGAGGAGCUUGGUGUUGGCGCCGAUCAGGACCAGUUGGUGUCCCACUCUGUGCGCGUGAACGUCUUUAGCUCCAUCGAGUUCUUGUUGAAGUACAGCCCAUCCCUCAGGGUCACCAAAGCCUUGGAUGCCUUGCUGGUUGGCCUCAGCGACGUGGCAAAGAAGGCAUCUGAGGAGUUGGGUGAAGGCGCAACGGAGGCGCAGAUCGUGGACAGGACCAUCAAGCUGAACGUCUUCCACACCAUUGACUUCCUUUUGCAGUACAGCCCACUCGUCAGAGAAAAGGUUGCUGCAGGGGAGGUUGAGAUCCAGGGCGGCAUCUACGACCUGGAGACCGGUCAUGUGGAGUUCUUGGGUCAGAGCCCAGCUCAGGACCUGGAGUCUGUAUGUACUUUCGCAAGCUGCAGAAUCUUGCAGCUCCUGGUUCUUGCCGCAACUCCAGUUGCAGCAGGGAAUACCAGAAACCCGAAUGUGCGCACCACCGCAGAUGCGCCCAUGCCUCCUGAUGAGGCUCUGAAGCUCUUGAAGGAGGGUAAUGCGCGCUUCAUCAAGGGAGAGCCUACCGCAACUCGAACCAACGAGAAAAUGCGCCAGGAGCUUGUUGACAUGGGACAGGCACCACACACUGCCAUCAUUGGCUGUGCAGAUUCCCGGGCACCUUUGGAGACCAUCUUUGAUGCCCUGCCUGGUGACAUCUUUGUGCUGCGCAAUGCUGGCAACACCUGCACCCACGCCGAGGGCAGCAUGGUUGGCAGCUUGGAGUUCUGCACCGGCAAGCUGGGUGCCCGCAUGAUUUUGGUGCUUGGCCACACCAAGUGCGGUGCCGUCUAUGGUGCCACGAACGCCUACCUGGCGGCAAAGAAGUCUGAGACCGCCAGUGUUGAGUCUGCCCUGGAGGGUCUGCUGUUGGACUUGGCCCCAGUGGCGGAGAAGGCCGUGGCCGACAUGGGUUGCCACACUGAUGCAGAUGAGGUCGCAGCCCACGCUGUGCGCGUGAACGUCUUCCACACUAUCGACUUCUUGCUGAAGUACAGCGCCCCAUUGCGGGAGAAGGUUAAGAGUGGCCAGGUCGAGAUCCAGGGUGGCAUCUAUCACCUGGACUCUGGAAAGGUGGAGUUCAUGGGACGUUCUCCACAGCAGUCCACCCUUUUGAGCACCAACCUUGGGCUUCCCCCAUCCAUGACUCGUGAGGGUGGCCGCACCUCUGGCUAUGGCCCUUCCGCACGAGGUGAGCAUGGAGUGCGCACCACAGUGGACAGUGCAGUUCCUGCUGAGGAAGCUUUGAAGAUGCUGAAGGCUGGCAACGAGCGCUUUGCUGUGGGUGCUCCUUUGGCCAAGCACGCCACUCUCAAGAUGCGUGAAGCUUUGGUAAGCCAUGGGCAGGCACCCCACACCGCCAUCCUUGGCUGCGCAGAUUCCCGUGUGCCAGUUGACACUGUGUUCGAUGCCAUGCCAGGUGACUUGUUUGUCUUGAGGAAUGCAGGCAACACUUGCACCCAUGCGGAAGGCAGCAUGGUUGGCAGCUUGGAGUUCUGCUGUGGCAAGUUGGGCUCCAAGUUGAUUUUGGUGAUGGGCCACACCAAGUGCGGAGCCAUUGCCGGAGCUACUGCGACCUACCUUGCCAGCAAGGAAGGCAAGGCCUCCAAGAGUGCAGGGAGUGCACUUGAGGGUCUGCUGGUGGGUUUGUCUGGCGUCGCAAAGCAGGCCGAAGAGGAGCUUGGUGUUGGCGCCGAUCAGGACCAGUUGGUGUCCCACUCCGUGCGCGUGAACGUCUUUAGCUCCAUCGAGUUCUUGUUGAAGUACAGCCCAUCCCUCAGGGAGCUUGUGAAGAGCGGCACCGUGGAAAUCCAGGGUGGUAUCUACCAUUUGGAGACUGGUCGAGUUGAGUUCCUUGGCCGCUCCCCCAGGCAGGCUGAAUUGCUCCGCUCUGACCCAAGCUUGCCACCAUCCCUCCAGGCAUUGCCCAUCCGCACAACAACUGAUGGCCCCUUGCCAUCCCAAGAGGCAUUGAAGCUGCUGAAGGAGGGCAAUGCGCGCUUCACCUCUGGUGCUGCCAUUUCAGGAAAGAUCACUCCAGCAAUGAGGAAGGCCCUGGUCAAAGAGGGUCAGGCACCACACACUGCCAUCAUUGGCUGUGCGGAUUCCCGUGCUCCUUUGGAGACUGUGUUUGAUGCCAUGCCUGGUGACAUCUUCGUGCUGCGCAAUGCUGGCAACACCUGCACCCACGCCGAAGGCAGCGUACUUGGCAGCUUGGAGUUCUGCGUUGCCGCCCUGCAGUCCAAGAUGGUCUUGGUGCUCGGACACACAGCCUGCGGAGCCAUCAAGGGUGCCACAGCAACAUACCUGCAGGCCAAGAGCGGCAACAAGCCUCAGGUCACCAAAGCCUUGGAUGCCUUGCUGGUUGGCCUCAGCGACGUGGCAAAGAAGGCGUCUGAGGAGUUGGGUGAAGGCGCAACAGAGGCGCAGAUCGUGGACAGGACCAUCAAGCUGAACGUCUUCCACACCAUUGACUUCCUUUUGCAGUACAGCCCACUCGUCAGAGAAAAGGUUGCUGCAGGGGAGGUUGAGAUCCAGGGCGGCAUCUACGACCUGGAGACCGGUCAUGUGGAGUUCUUGGGUCAGAGCCCAGCUCAGGGCCUGGAGUCUGUAUGUACUUUCGCAAGCUGCAGAAUCUUGCAGCUCCUGGUUCUUGCCGCAACUCCAGUUGCAGCAGGGAAUACCAGAAACCCGAACGUGCGCACCACCGCAGAUGCGCCCAUGCCUCCUGAUGAGGCUCUGAAGCUCUUGAAGGAGGGUAAUGCGCGCUUCAUCAAGGGAGAGCCUACCGCAACUCGAACCAACGAGAAAAUGCGCCAGGAGCUUGUUGACAUGGGACAGGCACCACACACUGCCAUCAUUGGCUGUGCAGAUUCCCGAGCACCUUUGGAGACCAUCUUUGAUGCCCUGCCUGGUGACAUCUUUGUGCUGCGCAAUGCUGGCAACACCUGCACCCACGCCGAGGGCAGCAUGGUUGGCAGCUUGGAGUUCUGCACCGGCAAGCUGGGUGCCCGCAUGAUUUUGGUGCUUGGCCACACCAAGUGCGGUGCCGUCUAUGGUGCCACGAACGCCUACCUGGCGGCAAAGAAGUCUGAGACCGCCAGUGUUGAGUCUGCCCUGGAGGGUCUGCUGUUGGACUUGGCCCCAGUGGCGGAGAAGGCCGUGGCCGACAUGGGUUGCCACACUGAUGCAGAUGAGGUCGCAGCCCACGCUGUGCGCGUGAACGUCUUCCACACUAUCGACUUCUUGCUGAAGUACAGCGCCCCAUUGCGGGAGAAGGUUAAGAGUGGCCAGGUCGAGAUCCAGGGUGGCAUCUAUCACCUGGACUCUGGAAAGGUGGAGUUCAUGGGACGUUCUCCACAGCAGUCCACCCUUUUGAGCACCAACCUUGGGCUUCCCCCAUCCAUGACUCGUGAGGGUGGCCGCACCUCUGGCUAUGGCCCUUCCGCACGAGGUGAGCAUGGAGUGCGCACCACAGUGGACAGUGCAGUUCCUGCUGAGGAAGCUUUGAAGAUGCUGAAGGCUGGCAACGAGCGCUUUGCUGUGGGUGCUCCUUUGGCCAAGCACGCCACUCUCAAGAUGCGUGAAGCUUUGGUGAGCCAUGGGCAGGCACCCCACACCGCCAUCCUUGGCUGCGCAGAUUCCCGUGUGCCAGUUGACACUGUGUUCGAUGCCAUGCCAGGUGACUUGUUUGUCUUGAGGAAUGCAGGCAACACUUGCACCCAUGCGGAAGGCAGCAUGGUUGGUAGCUUGGAGUUCUGCUGUGGCAAGUUGGGCUCCAAGUUGAUUUUGGUGAUGGGCCACACCAAGUGCGGAGCCAUUGCCGGAGCUACUGCGACCUACCUUGCCAGCAAGGAAGGCAAGGCCUCCAAGAGUGCAGGCAGUGCACUUGAGGGUCUGCUGGUGGGUUUGUCUGGCGUCGCAAAGCAGGCCGAAGAGGAGCUUGGUGUUGGCGCCGAUCAGGACCAGUUGGUGUCCCACUCUGUGCGCGUGAACGUCUUUAGCUCCAUCGAGUUCUUGUUGAAGUACAGCCCAUCCCUCAGGGAGCUUGUGAAGAGCGGCAACGUGGAAAUCCAGGGUGGUAUUACCAUUUGGAGACUGGUCGAGUUGAGUUCCUUGGCAUUGCCCAUCCGCACAACAACAGAUGGCCCCUUGCCAUCCCAAGAGGCAUUGAAGCUGCUGAAGGAGGGCAAUGCGCGCUUCACCUCUGGUGCUGCCAUUUCAGGAAAGAUCACUCCAGCAAUGAGGAAGGCCCUGGUCAAAGAGGGACAGGCACCACACACUGCCAUCAUUGGCUGUGCGGAUUCCCGUGCUCCUUUGGAGACUGUGUUUGAUGCCAUGCCUGGUGACAUCUUCGUGCUGCGCAAUGCUGGCAACACCUGCACCCACGCCGAAGGCAGCGUACUUGGCAGCUUGGAGUUCUGCGUUGCCGCCCUGCAGUCCAAGAUGGUCUUGGUGCUCGGACACACAGCCUGCGGAGCCAUCAAGGGUGCCACAGCAACAUACCUGCAGGCCAAGAGCGGCAACAAGCCUCAGGUCACCAAAGCCUUGGAUGCCUUGCUGGUUGGCCUCAGCGACGUGGCAAAGAAGGCGUCUGAGGAGUUGGGUGAAGGCGCAACAGAGGCGCAGAUCGUGGACAGGAACGUCUUCCACACCAUUGACUUCCUUUUGCAGUACAGCCCACUCGUCAGAGAAAAGGUUGCUGCAGGGGAGGUUGAGAUCCAGGGCGGCAUCUACGACCUGGAGACCGGUCAUGUGGAGUUCUUGGGUCAGAGCCCAGCUCAGGCCACCUUGGUGAAAUCUGCUUCCACUUUGCCCCCAUCGUUGGCAUGA